AUGGCCAGGGCGACGAAUCAAUGGCGGAGAACCACCCUCGACCGCGUCCGCGCGAUGUUCAACAAGGAUGCCGAGCAGAACUACGAGCCUCUCAGCGAUGCCAGUACGAUCGAAGAGGAUGUCCACCGACCGGUCCUCUUCAUGCCGGAUCAUCGGGAGAGUCAGGACAGCGAUACUGAGCAGGACAAGAAGGACGACGGGGAGCCAUUCUCGUGGUUCGAGUACUGCAUCUUCUUGCUGUUGGGAAUUGCUAUGCUUUGGGCCUGGAACAUGUUCCUAGCAGCAGCGCCCUACUUUCAAACUCGAUUCCGAGACAACGAGAACAUCCUCGCCCACUUCCAGUCCGCGAUCAUCUCAGUCGGCUGUGUCACAAACCUCAGCUCGAUGCUCAUUCUCGCCCAGCUGCAAUCGAAAGCUUCCUACCCGAAGCGAAUCCUCUCUUCCCUCGGCAUAAACAUCAUUGUGUUCAGUCUUCUGUCCGUCUCGACCUCAUACUUCCGAAUGGUAUCUUCGACUGGGUACUUGGUAUUCACCUUGAUCAUGGUGUUCUCUACGUCUAUCGCAACUGGGCUCUGCCAGAAUGGUGCUUUUGCUUUCGCGUCGAGCUUUGGCAGACCGGAAUACAUUCAGGCGAUCAUGACAGGACAAGCCGUAGCUGGUGUACUCCCGUCUGUUGCCCAGAUUCUGUCAGUCUUAGCAGUUCCGGCUCCAGAUCGUUGGGCGAAUGCCACGGAGGAAGAUGCGGUUAUGAAUCAUGAGAAUACAACCUCGGCUUUCAUAUACUUCCUGACCGCCACUGCAAUCAGCGUCAUUUGCCUCUUCGCCGUCAUUCCUCUCAUUCGAAAGCAUAACCGCAUUCUUGAGAGCCAGAUGAUGACCUCAAUCACCAGCAUUGAGGAGGCAGAGCAGGCGAAACGAAAGGUAGUCAGCAUGUGGACAUUAUACAAGAAGCUCCACUGGCUCGCAGCAUCCGUCUUCCUCUGUUUCACAGUAACAAUGUUCUUCCCCGUCUUCACGCAAAAGAUCGUCUCCGUGCUCCCCGAGGACCGCGCACCUCGACUCUUCCGCUCAGCGGCCUUCAUCCCCCUUGGCUUCUUGGUUUGGAACCUGGGUGAUCUCAUGGGUCGACUCGUCACCCUCCUUCCCUUCUCCAUGCGCCACCGACCCGUCGUGCUCUUCAUCCUGGCAAUCCUCCGCAUUGGUUUCCUCCCCCUGUAUCUGCUCUGCAACAUCCAAGGCCGCGGUGCGAAGAUCAACAGCGAUGCCUUCUACCUGUUCGUCGUACAGCUCGGUUUCGGCGGCACGAACGGCUGGCUCAGCAGCUCCUGCAUGAUGGGCGCAGGCGAGUACAUUGAAGACGGAGAACGCGAGGCAGCGGGUGGAUUCAUGGCUGUCAAUCUUGUAGCUGGAUUGACUGCUGGCUCUCUGUUGAGUUUUGCUGCUGCAGGUGUAGCUUGA